AUGUCUGUUGCUUCAGAGCCCUCUUUGGCAGUGGGUCCAACCACAGCUCAAGUGGCUCCUGCGCCUCCUGUGCCUGUGUUCUCUGUUUGGGACUCCACGGGUGGUGAGACCGCCGAUGUGUUACUCCACUGGCAUCGCAGCCUACCGGAGAUGCCUGAGGGUGACGAGCCUUUGUGCAUCUUGCAGCUCCACCUGGUGGGCCAAACCGGCCAGGGCCAAGAGUUGGAAUUCUUGGAAGCACGGCUGCAGAAGCAUCACCUGCAGCCCCCUCUGGCAGCAUGGAGCACCACUCAGCUGCAGAGGCUCAUGGCCGUAAUGGCAGAGCAGCGUCGCGGUGCUCCUCCCAACCACGACGAGGUGCGGCUGCGCCGUGCGCCAGGUCGCCUGGUCAUCGACGUCCACUUCAGGAGUCAGAUCUACGGCGACGGAGGAGCUGGGAUCUCCUUGAGCGGCUGCGUCGUCGAGAUCCUCAACGCCUACUCGUCCGGCAGAUCUGCACGCAGCGACACUCUCGAGGUGCUCAGGGCCGUCGCGGCGGCGCAGUCGCUGCACACGAAAGCUAUCGCUGAGAGCCGGGUUUCCAUGGAGGGCCUCCAAAGCGAGAUGGACCGCCUGGAAGGGGACUGGACCAAGGCCUGCGCAAGUGCGAAGAAGCGGCACCGUGGUCUUCUGCAACGGUUUGCGCUCGUCUUGCAGGCCAAGAUUGACAAGGAACGGGCACUGCACGAAGAACUCCAGGUGCGCCGGUGGAACCAGCAGGGCGCUGCCGCUGCAGCUGCAGCUCCCAAACCAGCAGCCGUGGAGGAGCCGCUGGAGGUCCGAGGGCGUGGUCGCAGAGGUCGUGGUGGAGGAGGGCGCCGUGGAAGGGGACGAGGGGCGGCUGUGCUGGAAGGGGAGCGGCCACGGAGCCCCAGAGGAGACAAGCGCCCCUGGGACGAGGUGGAUGAUGCACCGGGCAGCCCGGCCGGCCGUGCUGCGGGUACGCUACCCGCUGGAACUGUCACGCAGGGCCUCAUGAUGCCGCCUCCCACAGUGACAUCUGGCAUGCCUCCAACGAUGAGCCUGUUCGACCCGCCUUCAGAUGAGGAGCCUGUCCCAGCGAGGGACCUGACCGCGGCCGCCCCGGCCGCAGCUCCGCCACAGCCCGAGGAGCCCGCCUUGCCCAAAGGGCCGCCACGCCCCGCGGGCGUGAGCACGACCGAUGAUCUCUUCUUCAGCGCUCUGUUCUCCGUUGAGCCCAAUUUACGUACUCCUAUUUGUGCUAACACUCUCCACACCUCAGCCCGGCUGAGCUUGAAGACUGUUAGCCAUACAUUCUUUCAGGCUGAUCAGGCAUAUCGAAUUUUCUUUGCAGAUGCUCGGUCAAUGAAUCAGAUGUGGAUCGCAAUGCAAGACUUGAUGCAGGUUGCCUUGGUUGUGGCCUGCGUUUUUGCCGGAUGGUCUCUCCAGACGUCCGCCUGCUCGUUCCUCCUGCAGCGCAUGACCUAUCCCCUGAAGAAGACCGUGGACUUUACCACGGACCAUGAUGGCAGCGACUCGACCGAGGAGCGUUGGCUUAUGGCAAAUUUGGGUAUCCUCAAGAACCUGCAAUGCGAGUAUGGGACCCUGGUGCGCAUUCAGGUCAAAGGAAAUCAAGGAACUUUCGGAACUUUAGAGGCCUCUUCACAGUUGCUGUGGAACUUGGUGACCUUCAACAAGGUCUUCGUCCAAGACGAGGACAUUCCUCAGGGUCUUAAGAUCCUUGAGCAAUACGGCGCCUUUGGUGCGGCACCAGGCCUGCGGUCUGGCAGUGCGAGCCUUCGGACGCGGGCAGCAAAGAUCUGCCUCGCCGUGGCGAUCUCAUGGGGCUCCGGGCUGCCCUUUGCGGGAAGUUCUGGCCGCUGCCAGCCCCGCGGAAAUCGGAGCGGCGCUGGGCGCGCGGCAGAAGACACGAUGGGCGAGCUGUUUACGAAGUACUACCGCCUCCAGGAGGUGAAUCGGAACCUGGAGGCAGACACGAAGGUUGCUGUGGUCUCCGAACUGCUGGAGGUCCUGGAUGACCUCGAGCGCGGGGCAAGCCAGGAUGGCGGCACUGGCGGAGUGUCCACUUUACGGAGCCUGGCCGACAAGUUCCAAAGCCGGCUGGAGUCACUCGGCUUUGAGAGGAUAAAGGCCCUGGGAGCUGUUUUCGAUCCAGCCGAGCACGAGGCCGCCUCGCAACGAGCGGCAGAGGGCCAGGCUGAAGGCACGGUCUGCGAAGAGUUGAGGUCUGGUUGGAAGCUGAGUGACCGCAUAGUUCGGCCAUCGGUGGUCAUCGUGGCAUCCUGA